AUGGGAAAGCAUGCGAGUUGGGUGCUGGUAAUACUCCAUAUUUUCAGCUUUUGGUUGUCUUGUCAAGGCCUUAUGAACGAGCAUCAAGAGACGGCAAGGAGUGCCAUUUUCUUACGUUCGCAAAUAGAAAUGGAUUCGGAGCCGUGGAUAUCGGGCAUAGGUUGUUUAGAUUCGUUCAUUAAAAUCGCCUUCACGCACCGCGAGCGGUUGACGCGCUCCUACAAUCUACUUAUGACAAACAGCUACUAUAUUUCUUCGCCGGCCUUAGAGAUACAGAAUGGGCUCUUAAAAAUUUUGAAUGAAGUGGUUAGCCAGAGCAAUGAUAAAGGGCGACGGAUUUUUCAGAUUCGCACAGUCUUCGACAAUAAACGAUAUGUGCAGGUGAAGUUCGGUGACAGCGCAGUAAUAUACACUGAUUACUAUGUCAUUGUAGUGGACAGUUUAGAAAGGCUUAAAAUAUUUAUGCGGGACUAUAUUAGUCGCAUGGUUUCUUGGAACCCUGGAGCCCGCUUUUUGCUGUUAUUCAACAAUGCGUCGAAGCGGGAUAACGAACACGAGGUGGCAAUGGAGGUUUUCACCCUUUUGCAGAAGCAAUACUAUGUCCAUCAAAUAGGUCUUCUGUAUGCAACUGGUGAGACAGACUACUCAUUCUCAGUAAUGGACUACUACAAUAAUGAAUACUGUCGCACUAUAAGAGUGUCCAAAAUAGGCGAGUGCAAAAAAGGGCAGCCUCAACCGAAUGCGGCCGAGGUUAAACGGAAGCUGCGCAAAUUUGAACGCGAUAUUAGGAUAAAAAAUUGCACCUUUCAAAUGUGCGCAGCCGUAUCAGCGCCUUUUGUGGAGAAAAGCUGCCGGACUGGAAUAGAGUUGCGUAUUAUAGGUUUCAUGAGAAAUCGUCUAAACUUCAAGAUCAAGCAUUCUUGUGAAGAGGAGAGCAGAGGAGUGCGUGAAGAGAAUGGAACAUGGACUGGGCUGCUGGGAAGACUAUUUGAUCGUGACUGUGAUUUUAUACUUGGCGGAUUCUUUCCUGACAACGAGGUUAAUGAAAAUUUCUGGACUUCCGACUGUUACCUCUCCGAUAGCUAUACUUGGUUUGUGAAACUCGCUGAUCCAAGACCUGCAUGGAUCGCUCUCUACAGCAUUUUCCAAGACGAAACGUGGAUAUGCUUUAUUGUUUUGCUUAGCUUUACUUGGAUAUUCUGGUACUUUUUCGUAAACAUGCUUCCUGAACCACCAGACCACAAAGAUUUUUCGCUAGCAGGCAUUAAUGCCAUGGCUGUCUCUAUAUGCGUCGCUGUCGAAGAGCGCCCAGAGUGUUUUGCUUCUCGCAUUUUCUUUCUCGCAGUAACUAUUUACGGAAUGAACGUUGUUGCAAUUUAUACUUCGCAGCUAAUCACCGUAUUCACUGAUCCUGGCUAUCUACACCAAAUAGACAAUCUCGUCGAGGUACUUGAAGCGGGCAUACCUUUUGGAGGUCCAGAUGAAAAUCAAGACUGGUUCGAAAAUGACGAAGAUAUGUGGAUCUACGAAAUGUAUAACGACACGGACUUCUUUAUACCAAACUCAGAUAAUCUUCGUGCUGUGAGGAAUGGCAAACGUGUCUUACUUGCGAGUCGAAUGUAUGUGUUGCAAGAUCGCCUCGCCGAUGAACUUUUUGCAUUUCCAAAGAACGUUUUUUCUAGUCCACUACAAAUAAUAAUGAAAGCUGGAUUUCCAUUAGUAUCUGAUUUCAAUUGGCUCAUAAGAGCUAUGCGAGACCAUGGAAUUUUUCAAAAGAUCGACAAUGAUUUUCGCUUCAACAACACCUAUCUUAAUCGAAUAAACCGCAUGCGACCAGAGUUUAAAGAGUCUGCAAUUGUUCUCACCACUGAUCACCUCAAAGGUUCCUUUUCCAUUCUGGUCGUUGGAGUUGUUGCAAGCAUAAUUUUGUUCGUGUGUGAGCUUUUUGCUUUCUGGAUUUUCAUGCCUUAUUUGAAGAAGUUUACCAAUGAGGAGAGGAUGGACCGAUCUGAACGAGGAAAAUCAUUCCAAACGCUAGUUAAGAAAGAUAGAAGGAAUAAUAAAAAUAGAGUAGUAAAGAAAAAUAACGAAAUGAAAAAGAAGCCAGUUAAAUCAAUGUCCGCUUUGAAAGAGGAGAAGGACCAUCAAGCAUCUUCAUAUCUUGUCACAACGUUGGUUGCUCCAGAAUGUUCCGAUGGUAGUUCGCCCUCCACUUCAUUUAGGAGUAGGCUCUCCAUUGCCAAAGUCAAUGUGCCGCUUGUUUCCACCGAGACCCUGGGUGCCAAUCGCUUCAUGGUGGACCGUGAGCUUUGGGCCUGCACAUCCGAUGCCCAGGCCGCCGUAAAAUGGGUGGAGGAUUUUCAGCUUGCUGGUUAUCCCGUGCAGAGGUAUCAGGAUUUGGCUCCUCCAUGA